AUGAUAGACUCGGAAAAGUCGGACAAAGACUUCGGGUAUAACUCUAUCAGUAGUGACAACGACUCGGACGAGUCGAGUGACAAAACCGAUAAAAAAUCAACAGCCGGGACACUAACCCCCGAUGAGCUCACAGCACAGGGAAUACUAUUUUUCAUCGCCGGCUACGACACUACCAGUGCCGCCCUAACCCACACCAUAUACUACUUAUCCCAACACCCGGAGUGUCAACAGAAACUGUACGAAGAGUUGAAAACAUGCGAUGAGUUUACGUACGAAAAGUUGGUUCACUUGAAGUACUUGAAUGCAGUCAUCAAUGAGACCCUACGUCUGGCCCCAUCCCUAACCCGUAUACAACGGGAAUGCGUUCAGGACUACAAACUUGGAAAUACAGGCAUAACUAUACCAAAGGGUGCGUCCAUUGAGAUAUACCCCUACGCUAUACACCGGGACCCGGAGUACUGGCCCAACCCUAACGACUUCAUUCCCGACCGCUUUCUGGAGCCCACACACCAUCCCUAUGCGUUCAUACCGUUUGGUGGCGGACCCCGACUAUGCAUUGGACAACGGUUUGCAUUAAAUGAGAUGCGAAUGUGCCUGGCUAAACUCAUCAAUAAAUACCAGUUUGAUCUGUCUAAUAAAACUAAACUGGAUUACUUUACGGGAAGUUUGUUAAUGUCACCCAAGGAGCUCUUAGUUGACAUUAAAGCUAGAAAUUAG